AUGGCGACUGCUUCGACCUCUACUCUGAACAGGCACGAGUUUCUGACUAUCGGCACGCACUGCUCUGAAAGCACAUGCAAUCAGUUGGACUGUAAGUAGCUCAGCGCUCGACGAGAGCACUCUUGUCAUUCCCGUCGUCGUUCGUCAGCUGAUCCAGCUCGUUGUGUUGCCUCUCUCCGCCAGUCCUCCCUUUUCGAUGUCCCUCAUGUUCGAAAGCGUAUUGUUCGGACCAUUGGAGACCACCGAAUGGACACGAUUGUCCACGGUACGACGCGAGAGCCCAUGACGUAAGCGCUCCCCCCAUCUUCGUCAUUCGUUCAACCCCUGACGAAGGUCGAAAGGGGGCCCUCGCCACCCUCACCGCGUGGAGUUGAGAAGCUGACACGUCCUUUUUGUCUUCUUUUCUGCGCUUACGUCCCACCGGAACAGAACAUCAUCCCCUCCUGCCCCCUCUGUUCCCAACCCGUUCCCCACCCCCUCUCCAUCACCCCCGACGAAGCCGUCUCGACCCACCUCGAAUCCGGCCAAUGCCAAGCCCUCAGCGCCCUCAACGCCCUCAACGCCCCAACCCCUUCCGGUCGUCCGAGAACCCCACCCAAGACGGACAACAUGUGCAACGAACGCAAAUGUCGCACCAAGAUGGUCGUCCCGAUUACGUGUGAGGGGUGUAGGAAGAAAUUUUGUGCCAAACAUCGGUGGGGUAAGGAUCAUAAUUGUGGGGCGGAUGCGGGAAGCAAGGUAGGGAAUGUGGGUAAGAGUGUGGGUGGGACGAGUGGUGGGCUGGGUGUGUUGAAAAGGGCUCAAGAGGCGUUGGUCACCGCGACGACGUCGACGACCUCAUCGACAAGUUCCAAACCGACGGCCAAACUCAACCCCGUGCCUUCCACUCCGGUCGCUCCACCGAAUCCGAAACCAACAACGAAAGAUGAACCCAAGACCAGAAACAAGAUCAUGAACAACCUCGGUGUUCCGACCAAGAUUGAUAAAAGGGCCAUGGCCGAACAGCAGAGUGCGCUCAAAGGGUUGGAAGCGAGGGCUAAGAAAGGGCAGGUGCUGCAAAAUGGGCCCAAUCUCGGAGGAGCUGGUCGUCACUUGAGAGCGGGCGCUGAUGACACACGUUUCAUUCGUCCAGUUUGUUGAACGAGGACGAAAAAGUCAAAUACGCGACGAUGCGAGCGAUGCACGCUAAACAAAGUGGCGACGGCAAGGACGGAUGUCUCGUCUCGUGA